AGUAUGAAGACUUACCAAAAGAAAUUUAAAGUGUUAAAGUAAACCAUAAGGAUAAAAUACUUAAACACUUUGAUCUGAUUAAUCGUAACAUACUCUUGACUUCACCAAACGAAUUGCGAUUUUAAAAAUAUUGUAGAUAAUUCCAUAAAAUUGCUUUGUCGUCGUCAUACAAGCUGUGGCUAAAUUACAAUUAUUAAAGUAUUCGUCGCAGUCUAUGAAAUUAAGUACAGAUACGAGUUAUUUAAACGCUCAAACCACCAGCGGCAACAGGACAGCAUUUGCGAUAUACAUAUGUAUGUACAUAUGUAUGUAAUGAUAUAGCAUUACUUACAAUUAGCUAUAUUACAAAUGUAUCUGAAAUCAGUGAACGAAUGAAUUCUGGUUUAAUUUAAUUUUGUAAAAAGAAGGAACGAAUCGCACAGUACAUUUCACCUUGAACGCACAUUUAUAAUGCAGAGCAAGCGUUUAUAAUUUUCAGUGCGUCCGCUAAAGCGCUCGCCAUAAGAUCUUGAUUCAACGGGUAUUAAGAAAACUCUACCAUAGUGAGAAUGAGGAACUUCGGCAAUGCCACAGCGCUUCUAAAUUUAAUUGGACUGUCAUUAUUUAGGGAAGAGUACUUACAAACACUAACCGAUCUUGUGAUCUCUACAACUCAAGAACAACCAGCGGACACUAUACUCUAUACCAGCUGUGAGUCUGCAUUUGCACUACGCACACUUGCCAAUGGACUUGCUCUGCCGAUAAUAUAUUUUGACACCUCGCCACCUAUUGAGAAGUAUGUGGAAAAUUUCAAUGCCGAGUUGCUGAGUAUUGUUCAACUAAGCCAAGAAGUUCCGAAAGACAAAAAACUAUUGACAACGCUGUGGCAACGUCUGCAUUACAAUAUACAAAGUCGACUCAUUUUACUACUCGACGACAACGCCAGUGCUGAAUAUGUGGCGGAAAUUUUAAGAAUAUGUGCAGAAUACAAAGCCGUGAAUGUGAUUGCUUUGCAACCCCAGAUGACAGUCGUGCCACGCACCUACUGGACCCUGCGCAUAUUCCCACAACUGGAAAUCGUUAAACGCCCACUACCACUCCUUGGCCAUGGUGCAGUGUUUCCCCAACAUCUGGCGAAUAUGUAUGGUCAUCCGUUGCGUGUGCUGGCUAAAGCCUGGUAUCCUCAACUAUACACAUACACUCCAUCGAAUGGGAACGUAACAUCCGGUGGCUUCUGGGGUAGAACGGUAAUGGAGUACGCUCAUCGAUAUAAUGCCACCCUUGAAUAUCCCUACUCUAUGAAUCACCAGACUUUGUCGCGUCCUGACCAUAUCAGUUCUUUGGAGAAUGAAACAAUCGACAUGGGUGCACUAUUGAUAAUGGCAAAGAACGAUGGUAAUAUUAGUUUUUCGGUGAUUUUUCACCUCAGCAGUUGGUGUGUGAUGGUGCCAAUGGAAAAGCCUUUGCCGAGAUUGACAUUUUACUACAAAAUUGUGCACAAAUCGGCAUUCGUCUUAUUUAUCCUCAGUUUAGUAGUGUUAUUCAUUUAUUGGGCGCUAAUACAAUGGUGCCGCGUACAGCCGGAACUCUCCGUAAUGAAACAUUAUGUUAACGUGUCCCUGUUAACAGGUCUACUUGGCAUGCCUUUUUGGACCGGGCAGCGUAUUUCUUCUAUUCAAAAUUUCAUACAAAUUAUUAUCUCUGUGGCGGGUAUUAUUUUUGGUACCUCUUAUGUCGCCUACCUGCAGAGUUUCAUCGUGGAUGCACCAAUUGCCACUACACUCGAGACCGUAGAGGAUUUGUUAAAUAACGGCAUCAGAGUCGCAUUAAAGAAUGAUGAAUUGACCUGGAUACGCCAAAAUUCGGAUUUGUGCAGAUACAUUGACAACUUCACCAUAUUUACCAACCACACUAAGUACUAUAGGUUGCGCGAUGCCCUGGACACCCGCUAUGCGUUUUCGGUUGGCGAAGCAUGGAAUGUCUACGAAGAGCAACAAAAGUAUUUCUCACGUCCGCUCUUUCGUUUUUCAGACAUUUGUUUUAACAAAGACUAUCCAAUGGCUUUGCCACUGUUGCACAAUUCGAUUUAUCGCCACCACCUAUACGCCUUUAUAUUGCGGCUAGUUCAGUCGGGUUUAACUGGUUUCUGGCGCCGAAAUUGCUUUUGGGAAUAUUUGGAUAUGGACUGGAUUAUGUUAGAAGAUCGUAAUAAGCAGCCCGGAGCUACGCCUUUAAAACUAGCGGACUUACACUACAUACUCUUAGCGAUGAGUUCAUUUCUAAUUUUAAGCAUUAUCUGUUUUGGAAUUGAAAGAAGCUAUCAAUCAAGGAAAUAAUUCAUAUUUAACUUUUUUGAAAACAAUGUUAAGAAUAAUGAUAUAUACAUAUUAAACAGAUGAAAUCGGAUUUAUUGCUGUUGUAAAACAAAACCUCGAAAAUGGCUAAAGUGUAAAGAUCGAUAUCUACUUUGAAUUUGAAAUAAAGUUUCACUCAAAAAAUUCUGUCCUGUUUCAGAAGUUUCUUGUCUGCUUUCUUUACAUAAGAUAAAUGUGGAAACAUUCCUGCUGCGAAAGACCUCCUUGCUUCUGAAUGAUUGAACCACCGGUUGAGACUACACGCGCGCGCCUGUGUUUGACAGUAAAUUCAAUAUACACAAUUUCGACUUUGUUUAUUUUAAUUUUUUUCUUCGAUUUUUCUUAGAGCAUCUAUUUACCUUUGUAUACUACUACGGUAAGAGUAUGUUCACACAAGACUAUUUUUGUCGACCAAACAAACCGUUUUAUGUUGGCGAGGCGACGACGAGGAGAGACGAAGCGCCCAUGGUGCUCGCGCUCUAGUGAUACGCUUCGUGUUCUAGUGGCAUAAUAUAAUAAAGAUGUUUUAAAAAAGGGUGAUUAAGGCUAAAAAUAAGUUAAUCAAAAAUAUAUUUUUAAAUCGUGUAGGUGAAAUGUAAAGAAAUUGAGACUGUGAUAUGAAAAAAAUGCAGAAAAUUGUACGACUCAAGUUGUCGCACCAGUAUCGCUCUUGUGAACGUAAUGAGCGACAUCAAAACGACAACGAGCGACAAAAAGGGUCCUCUUCUGUGCGCAGUCUAAUAUAUACACGUAAUCGUGACUAGGCAAAUUCCAUCUGCACGUUUUGUUUACUACCAUGUAUUCGUAUAAAUCUUUUUUAUACCCCCCUCGCGCUGCUAAUUCUUCACCACGUAAGUUUAGAUUUACGUAUUUCUAUUUGGUUAGAUUUUAGUCUUCACAGAGUCAUUCAUGCAAGGAGAAGCGUGUAGCAAGACAAUUAUCGAGAAUACACAUACUUAUGUACUUACAUAAGCACAUACUCAUAAUAGCCCGAAGAAAAUGCACAAACAAAUUCCUUCGCAUGUACGUGAAGCAACUUCGGAGGCAGGUAAAGGCUGCAAUAUGAGAAUGAAACGCUUGUUAGCAAAGAAGUAGAUAAACUUGAUAUACAUACAUAUGUAUUUAAGAUACAGGGUUUGUCCAGAAAGUAAUAGGACUGAGUCGAUUAAAAAUAUUCUCCGGAAUAGUCUUGAGAGCCGAGGUUCAUGCUGCUUAGAUCCCCACUGUCGUCUCAAAAUGUGACCUUUCAUCGGCCUUUUCAGGUAAGGAAACAAAAAAGUGCUGGGGGCCACAUCUGAGCUAUAAGGCGGCUGCGGAAGGGUUGGAAUGCCGGGCUUGGUUAGGUAGCUGUUCACAAGAAAGGCGGUGUAAGCCGGAACGUUGUCGUGGUGCAACUUUCAAUCAGCUGCGAUGUCUUGUCGGACCCAUUUGAGUCUCUUGAGGACUUGGCGUUGACGGUUUGUCGAGGAGGAACAAAUUCAAGGUGGACAAUGCCUUUUAUGUCAAAAAAAGACAAUGAGCAUCGUGUUAACUGUGGAUUUGCUCAUUCUCAUUCUUCCCUUUUUUGGACGAGGAGACGCCGACGUGUACCACUCGGAGGAUUGCCUCUUUGGUACGAGUCUAGCAUUAACAGGCUUCAUAGCCAAAAUAUUAAUGUAUGUGUUGAGUCGAUCUAUAAGAGAUAGAUGUUGAUCACUUUUGUUAACUUUCUGGUGAUUUUCAAGGACUGUUUCCUGAAAUUUUCCCAUGCUAUCGCGAUGAUCCGCAUCACGUGGAUGGGCGACUCACAUGUAGCAUGUUUUCAAUGACUUCACGACCACCGAAGGAACUGCACCAUUCAAAUACAGGUGAUAGAAGCACAAAAUUUCCAGCAAACUGAACAAACUUCACACCAAUAUAACAGAGUUUGUUGAAUAAAUUUGGAAAAACUUGUGUAUGCAUUUAUUUUGAGCGCGCGGUUUAUAUCGGACAGCACGUCCUUUGUAUGUAUUAUAAUUUUUCAUAUACAGGCGGCGAAAUGGGGGGACGAAAUCGGAUGAAAUGUGUACAUAUUCAUUUGUACGUAAAUAUGAGUGGAAUCGACGAUCAACAUAGUUUACUUGUCCUUUUUUUCACACCAUCCAGCGAGCGAUAGCCGUCAACAAAUAAAUGGUUAUAAACAUAUGGGCCUGUUCAAAUUCGUAUUCCUUGUUGCAUUUCAUUGAAUUCACUGCUAUUGAACUGCAGUGCCAAAUAUUUUACUGUUCAUCGUUUGCGAUUUUCUCACAAGCGCACUUCUCGGCCGUACAAAACAGUAAUUCGCGUAUUUUCGCUACUUCUCACUCUCGCCUUUAGUGUCUGUGUUCACUACCUUCAUAUUCACCAUAUCUUAUUUUGUUUUGCUCAUGCUUUUAGUUGUGCGCAUAAUUUAUCGUUUAAUUUGUUUUUGUGCAAUUUAAUUUUAGCAAAAAUCAAAUUGAUUUUAAAAAUAACAAAAUCAUUAGAGGCAACCGCCGACUUGCGAACACCCGGUAGCCAAGCAGCAGCCAACAUUGCGGCCACCGUUAAGUUUACGUCAUCUGAAAUGUAAGAAAUAUGCCGUAUUUAUGUAUAUACGUACAUAAAUAUGUAUAUUUUUGUUUGUGUGAAUUUGUCGAACGAAAGGAGAAUUCUGUUACCGUUCUUCAGUCAGUUUUUUUAUACCCUGAACAGAGUAUAUUAAGUUUGUCACGAAGUUUGUAACACCCAGAAGGAAGCGUCGGAGACCCUAAACAGUAUAUAUAUAAAUGCUUAGUAUGUUGAGCUGCGUCGAUUUAGCCAUGUCCGUCUGUCUGUCUGUCCGUCCGUCUGUCUGUCUGUAUACGAACUAGUCCUUCAGUUUUUAAGAUAUCGGAAUCAAGUUCUUAAAAUGGAAAACUUUCACAUUUGACAUUGUAUUUUCACAAAAGUUGGCACAGGUUAUUUUCUAAGGCAAAAAUGUAAUAUCGAAAGAAAUUGUUCAGAUCGGCUCACUAUAGCAUAUAGCUGCCAUACAAACCGAACGAUCGGCAUCAAGGGAAACUUUCGCAUUUGAUGUGGUGUCUUCACAAAAUUUGACAUGGAUUACUGCUUAAGGUAAUAAUAUAAUCUCCGAAAAAAUUGUUCAGAUCGUCUCACUAUAGCAUAUAGCUGCCAUACAAACUGAACACAUAGUUACUAAAAGAAAUGUACCUGUGAAGGGUAUAUUAGCUUCGGUGCAGCCAAAGUUAACAUUUCUUCUUGUUUUACUUUCCUGACGUCUAGCCAUUUUAUGAGCCAGAUUAGGCAGUAAAUAUUAUUUUCAAUAAAAUACGAUGAAUCAGUAAAGUUUGCAUACACCUGGUUCUAUUAAUCUACGACACGUUUAUUUGUUAUACAUACUUAUAUUGAAUAUAUUUUGCGUUUUUUUAGCUAUUUCGAAAGGUGUAUAUUUAGCAUCUGGUCUUCCUUUUGUGCCAAGACGUCGAUGCAUGCUCCCCACUCAAUUUCUAGUAUCAUUUCCGAAUAUGUUGACCCACUCAGUCGAUAAAGCAGGUUUUAAGGAUUCUUUUGUUGAAAUUCGAUGUUUUCGAAUACGGUUUUCCAAUAAAUCCCAGAUGUGUUCAAUAGGAUUAAUAUCUGGUGGUUGCGGUAGCGUAUGGCGUAUGUUUGCAAUUGUAACACGUUUUUAAAUAAGAGGGCUACUGCUGCAAUUUCACUUUCGAUAUUCAUACGAAGUUCAUCAAACGUCGCUGGCUUGUUGGCAUAGAUCAUAGACUUGACGUACAUAUAUUUUCCCGUAGUUCCUAGGUGGAACAUAGGGCCUCAUUCGGUUUCGGUAAUCAGAGGUUUAAGAUAAGUAGGUGAUUAGCCUUCUGCAUCCGAGCCUAGUUCCGGGGCUGCCGGUUUCGCCUCUAGGCAGGCAAUGGCGUAGGAAUUUCCUCCUCGCAGGUGCUAAGGUUAUACCGCCGCCCCACAUUGAAUAGUCUAACGGCGUCAAUUCGUGCGACCAAGGCGGCUAAUUGACUGGGCCAUUUCUUGAGAUAACACGUUCACCAAACUUAGUUUCCAAUAAAUCGAUUGUGAUAUUUACUGAGUGGUUUGUGGCGCCGUGCUGUUAGAACCACAUAUUGUCCAAAUCCAUAUUAUCCCAUUCGGGUCAAAAAAUAUUCGGUUAAUAUUGAGCGGUAGCGACUCACAUUAAGAGUAACGUGCCAGCCUUAAAUGUCAUGGAAGAAGUGCGGCAAAAUGACGCAGCCGUCCCAUAAACCGCACACAACCGCAUUUUUUUCGGGAUACAAUUGAAAAUAUGGAGUACGUGUGGAUUGCUUCCUAACCAAUGACGUAUAUUUUGCUUAUUGACGAAGCCAUUUAGCCAGAAAUGAACCUCAUCGCUGAAGAUGAUUUUUCGAUGAAACUCUGGCUCCCUUUCAAGUUCUUGCUCAGCCCAAUUCACGAACAUACAACCACUCUGGUGAUCAGGCGGCUUCAGUUCUUGCGUCAAUUUGAUCUUGUAAGGAUGUAGACCAAGAUAUUUUCGUGAAAAUCGCCACAACGACUUCACAGAGAUGCCCAACGCUUGAGAACAACGUGUGAGAGAUUUAUUUGGGUCUUCCUCAAGUGAUGCGCUAGCCGCAGCGGCCCCUAUGAGAACUACUUUGUUUCACUGGCAAGAGAAAUAUUUGUACUGUGCCUUUUUUUCACUAGAUACUCAAUUGUUGAUCUGACAGAAAGAGUAUGACGACCAUAAAUUGGACGAAGCGUUCUUAAAGUUGAGGCCACUGACUCCGAAUUUCAAUAUUAAAUUUUAAUAAUUUCGACUCUUUGUUGGAUCGUAUAUCUUCCUAUAAUGACAAACCUUACUGAAGAGUAAUGUCAAAAGACCCCCAAACCAUAACAUUACCCCCACCAUCCUUUGUAUGUUUGAUGCCAUGGGUAAUUACUAUAUUAUUGUAUGCAAACACAUCCCUCCACCAUCUGCUCUCCGCCAUUAAUCUCUACCUACGUAUUGUCAACACAUGCAUAUACAUAUACCACUUUGCGGCUGCUUAUUCAAAACAUGUACAAACAGUUGUUAUAAACAACAACAACGGCAGUAAUACAAAAUUAACCAAAAUCCGAACAAUAGCUUAGUUAACCAACAGCGGUUUCUUCAGCAUCAUUUAGCCCAGAGCUAUUAAUUGGUACAUAAUGCUGGCGCCAACCACAUCAAUCAGACAGCCAUCAUUUACAAAGCGAGUAUCACAUUCGCUUGAAAUGUGUUAAUCAUAAAUUAAACAUAUUAAUUAUUGAAUAAAUCGCUCUUCGAAGUCUGCUGCGUUGGACACUCCGGUGCUUCUGCAGUUGGUAGAUAGAUCUAUCUACAUCUGCGCCAACUAUAACUACAAGCAGAACUUGUGUUCAUAUGUUUGUUAGCUGUUUGGAUCGUCAUAUCUUGGGUAUCAAGAAAAUGUUCAAAUACUUCUGUUUUAACAUACGUAAAAUAUACAUUUGGCCUUACCAUAUUUUUUUACGACUUUGAAGCUUUGGGAAAGACCUUUGGUGAUAAAUUUUUGUCGCGUGCAAGUGUUUUCGAUUGGUACAAAUUAUUCGAAGAGGGUCGAGAACACGUUGACAAGGAACCGCGUCCAAGACUAUCGUUGGAUAUUCGGAAAGAUGAGUGAAAUUUUUUUUGAAGGAUCAUUUGGGCCUAAGAAAAGUAAUAGCACGAUGGGUCCAAAAUCACUCAAUUAUUUUUUGGAGAACAGCGUCGAGUUAACGUCUGGGAAACAAUGCUUUCCUAGUCCUACGAUGUCAUGAAACGUAUUAUUACUGGUGAUGAGUCUUGGCUCUAUGCUAACGACCCGGAAACAGAUGAUGAAUCGGCCGUAUAUCGUGAUAAAGGUUAGCCAAAGCCGUAAAAACCUCGCCAAAGCAGGUCAAAAAUCAAGGUUAAGUCGACAGUUUUUUCGAUUAUCGAGGUGUGGUGCACUCCGAGAGAGUUAUGCGUCGUUUGCCGAAGCUGUCAUAAAAAGAGACCGGAGUUAUGGGCACCAUAUAUGGUUUUCGCACCACGAUAAUGCACCGUCGCAUACUGCAUUGAUUCUUCGUAAGUUUUUCGCCAAAUAUUCCACCAAUAUCGUGCAUCCAACCACCACAUUCGGUUGAUUUAGCACCGUGUAUCUGCUGGCUAUUCAGCAAACUCAAAUGACCCCUCCGAGGAAACUGUUUUGAGACAAUUGAAGACUUGAAACAUGAAUCGUUAAGCGUAUUGAAAGCUAUUACGAACUGCUUCGAGGAUGACAGAUAUUUUGAACAAUAAAUUAAAAAUUUUAAAAUUUUGAACAAAAUCUUACUGUUUUAAAUAAGCAUGCUUUGUGGGUAUAUACUAUAUCAAUGUUCGAGAGAAAAAUGCGGCUGAACCAUUUUGAUUUAUAUUAAAUAUAGUAAAUGUGUAAUAAAACAACUUGUGUGACUAAAAAUAAUACGUAUACUUAAUUGCGCUAAUCAUUUGUUUCAUUCACGUUAUUCGUUUUUCGCUUUUCUCCCUUUGUAUUUACUAUUCGUUGAAUGCUGUUCGAAUUAUUUGCAAACACUCGUAAAUAUAUUCAUAUGUAUGUAUGUAUGUAUGUAUGCAUAUACUGCACUCAACACUUGAUUGUGCUAUAAUUAUAUAUAUAUUUUUUGUAUUCUUUUACAUUUUACAGUUAAAGCAUUGAAUAAAUAUAAUCGCAAUUUUUAAUAUGAAUGCAUUAGAAUAAUUUAUAGAUUAUUAUACUUUUGCAACAUGUUGCUACAAAUUAACGGUUGUUUUUAUCACCUAAAAAGAAUCGAUUUAAAUAAAUGAUCAUGAUGAUGAUACGAGUCGAAAUGCGAGUGACUUUCUGUCCUUGCAGGCUGUAACUUCAGUAAAAUAUAUGACGAUGUCUUGGUGAAGCUUGGUAUGCUUGUUGGGCUCGAUGAGCUUAAUCGGACCAUAUGCAUAUACACAGCUGCACAUUUCCGCAUAUUCCUCGGUAGUCCCAGACUGUGACGGCACUUAUCUUUACCCUAACUGAUACAUAUGUAAUACGUUAGCUAGCUUCCUUUGUGCGUUAUCCCCUAGCUUGACGCUUUCUUCUUUAACAAAAAAGUUGUUCUCCCCCCGACGACUUGCAUUUUUCACCAUCACCCGCCAUUUAAUGGAUCUUUUGUUUGGUAUCUUCAAAGCAUUAAAAAUACAAUUUAAUGUAUAUGUUUGAGGUGACUGAGAGACUAGUAAGUUGAUGUUGAAUCAAACGGUGACUUCAGUAGAGAACGCCAACUGAAUAAUGCAGUGCAAUGGUUGGAAUAUUGUCAGCAAUGAUAUGAAGUCCUUCUGGUUUAUAUGAAUGUUUAUGGCUGAAGUAAAAAUUGAAAUUUUAGCUCCUUCUUAAAAGAAUACUAUCUCUUAUUAUACCCAGUUCUACCAAUUUGUUAAGGUUGUAACUUCAUGUGUCUAAUAUUUGUUUAUUUUUAACUUUGACCGUCCUCUUUUAUUGUGUAGCCCGUUGAGGCCCGCCAUUUUCACUUUUCAAAUUGUCUAUCUUAAACAGAGUAUACACAUCAAGUUUGCCACGAAGUUUGAAACUCCACGAAAGGGGAACCAUAAAGUAUGUCAGCGAUUUAUCCACGUGCGUCUGUCUGUCUGUAUAUACGUGAAUACUAGUCCCUGAUUUUUUUUUUUUAUUUUUUGAAAAAUCAAUCUCAAA